AUGAAGUUCACAGGAGCAAUAUGCAUCGCAUUUGUGAUAAUCCUUUUGUCGUCUUUGGCUCUCACCAAUGCAGUCGUGGAAGAUGAGAAAUUAGUGGUAUGCAAUCCGAAAGAACUUGAACCAUGCAGCCCAGCUGUAAAAACCAGAUCUAAGCCGUCAACACAGUGUUGCGCAAUGCUGAAAAAAGAAGAGCCGUGUCUAUGUGGUUACAUAAAUGAGCCAGUUUAUGGUCAGUAUAUUAAAUCCAACAAUGCUCAUAAAGCUUUCUCGGCUUGUGGUAUACCUCCUCUUCAUUGUUGA